UUCGAGAAAUGACGUACCUCAAGGGGCGCGCAUGACCUCUUGGACUGAAACAUGUAACGCAGGAUUUAGCGGAACAAAUAUCGUCUACCGAAAAGGAAAGUAAUUUUCGUCUUUCCUUUAUAGCUGUUCAGGCGACUGUCUUUCAAACUGGGAGCAACUUGGAAAACGCUUACGGAAAACUUUCAAACUUCAUCGACGGAGAAUACCGUGCCCUGUUUCUACAGUCCAGACAAGAUCAACACUUCUUGAACCCCUGUCCUAGUGAGAGGAACAGACCUAGUGAUGUCCCAACCUGACAGGAAUAUCUAUUCUUCAUUGGAAGGGGGCAUCCAGCCCCCAAAUGUAGGCUUUGGGCAGCCAAGCCCACCAGGAUAUGGGAUGACCUUACCCAACACGCAGGGAAUGUCAAACCCAUUUGGGGGGCCAGGGCCUGCUCCAGGGGGGAUGCCCUUCCCCACGCCUGGGGCGUUUGGUCAGCCCAUGUACUCCCAGGGUCAGGAGAACCCAGGAUAUGGGAUGACCUUACCCAACACACAGGGAAUGUCAAACCCAUUUGGGGGGCCAGGGCCUGCUCCAGGGGGGAUGCCCUUCCCCACGCCAGGGGCAUUUGGUCAGCCCAUGUACUCCCAGGGUCAGGGGAACCCAGGAUAUGGCACUGCACCUUACGCUCCCAUGCCUGGGGCCUACGGUCAGGGCUUUGACAACCCAAAUCAUGACCCAAACACUGGUUACCACAGCGAUGAUCAACCCCCAGCCUUUAGUGACAAUAGUUCCUUCUCUCUUGGCUCUGGACUGGACGACAAGACCAUAAGACGAGCCUUCAUCCGGAAAGUCUUCAUGGUGUUGACCGUCCAGCUGAUGGUAACAUUCACCUUUGUGGCUGUCUUCACCUUUGUGGAGGAAAUCAAAGUGUUUGUCAGGGCCAACACAUGGACCUACUGGGUGUCCUAUGGCAUCUUCUUCGUCUCUCUCAUCACCAUCAGCUGCUGUGGGGAGUUUCGCCGCAAACAUCCAUGGAACCUGAUUGCACUAUCCAUCCUGACCCUGGCUAUGUCCUACAUGGUGGGGAUGAUAGCUAGUUUCUACGACACUGACUCAGUCAUCAUGGCCGUGGGCAUCACUGCUGUUGUCUGCUUCACCGUGGUUAUCUUCUCUCUCCAGACCAAGUAUGACUUCACUUCCUGUCACGGUGUGCUGUUGGUCUGUCUGAUUGUCCUUAUCCUCUUCGGCUUCCUCUGCAUCUUCAUCCGCAACAAGAUCCUGGAACUGGUCUAUGCCUCGCUGGGCGCUCUACUCUUCACAUGCUUCUUGGCUGUGGACACUCAGCUGCUGCUUGGCAACAAGGAGAAUGCCCUGAGUCCAGAGGACUAUGUUUUUGCUGCUCUCUCCCUGUACACUGACAUCAUCAACAUCUUCCUCUACAUCCUGGCUAUCGUUGGAAGAGCACGGAACUGAGAGCUUCCUCCAAAGGAACCAUUGAAGGAUGGAGUGUUUUUACAGGAGUUACCAAUCUGUUCCCAUAUCUAGUACAACACCUGCUACACAUCGUCUUAUGUGUCUAUGUCUCAGGUGAACACUGCUGUCGCCUGUCCUUCUAAACGUGGUUCCCUUUGUGCUUUUAGAGCAGUGGUUCCCUCUGUGCUUUUAGAGCAGUGGUUCCCUCUGUGCUUUUAGAGCAGUGCCGCUCCCCCCCCCCCUAGCGAACUCAGUCCGGCGUUGAACUUAGUUGUAAUAGUAGAAUGCACAAGGUGACAUUUCUAAAUUGGGUGGUGCAUCAUCAGUUCCUCUUGUCAGUCAUUACGUACCAUGUUUGGGUAACCAUGAUCUAGCAGGUGCUCUUAUCCAGAGCAAUGUAUUUUUCUAUUGUGUUACUGUUUUUCUUUGCCCAUUUUUUGUACUUUUUAAACAACCACAUAUCACAGUCAUAGCAAGUAACUCUGCUCUAUAGUACUCCCUUAUGUUCAUUGUGCUCAUUUUUACCACAAUCCAGACUGGUUUCAAUUGUGUAGUGUGAAUAAUUCAUAAUAUUUGAAUUCAAUUUGUUUUGUGAUAUUUCUGAUGUUUGUGAGUCUUUGCAGCUGUAUUUGUUGAUAUUUAUUCAAUUAAAACUGAAUUGUGA